UAACCGUUUCAUUCAACUGACGAUCCAAACAAUUUUAAAACUGUUAGGCUAUAGGGAUACUCGAGCUGCCAACGGCAAGGAAGGAAAUGGAACUAUCUGCGUGAACGCGGUUGCUUUCGAAUAUCUUCUAAAUACCGUAACAUAUGUCAUAAUACCGUAACACCAGGAUUGUAGAUUUCUGCGAAAAUUUUUUAAUUCUGAAAUUCAAUCGUUAAUUCGACUUUGUUCCAGUUAAGCUAAUUAAAUCAUUUUUAUUCUUAACAAGUCCGAAUUAAUUUUAAGCCUUAAUAAGUCCGAACUAAACGUUAAUUGCCAAUUGGUGUUCAGUCGAAUUAAAGAUUUAAUUACUUAUCUGCAAUCCCGCACUGUCGGACAGUGGCAUUAAGCGAUUUACCUUUGACUAUCUACAUGAAUUUUAAGAGUUUUACGAAUGAAUUUCAUUCUCCUUAUUUGAUUUGCAUUCUAUUGAGUAUAGUGUUAAAAAGAAAGAGGAGUUGAUUUUACAUUUGGCAUUCGGUUUAAUUUCCUUCCGCGAAUUACCUGAUAAGGUACGGACGAGUAUUCAACAAACAAUAAGCAAACAUUCAACAAAUUCAAAGAAUAGCUAAAGCAUAAAAAUGUUAGGUGCAUUGAGAUAUGUAAAAAUAGUUCCGUUUAAAGAAAUUAGUGUAAUACGCAGAAAUUGAAUGUUCUUGAAACAUUGAGCAGUGUUCAAGAAUUUUUUCAUAUACAAAAACAUGCAUGAACUUAAACGAGUAUUCGGACGAUAAAGAAUAAAAAUGUUAAAAGCAUCGAAACAUGCGAAGACCCUUCAUAUUCAAUAAUUUAUUAGAAAGAAACAUGCAUGAACUUAAGAUUGCAUGAGUUCUUAAAUAAAAAUAAAAAGCAUUAACAGGACGAAGUUAAACGAGCUAGUAUAUGUCAUAAUGUUAUUUAGUAUUCAAGUUAGUGUAAGAAGAAAGAGAAUUAAGACGAGUUCCCUUAAAACUAGAGUUACUAUUUUUUAUGCCAAAAUUUUAUCAUCCUAUGUAAGUCUUUACUCAUACCUGUAUAUUUUCUCCUAUCUUCGAACUCUGACUCUAUUUGUCCAAUUUUUAACUUUGCCCUCGCCACGUCAUCUUCCCGUGAUCCCGAUGAUCAGGCCUUUACAAUUCAGCGCAUUUUGUCCUCGAACUCUUUCAAAAGGACUCAUCCGGAAUAAUAUCUUCGUGUCACAAGUUGUACAAUUCUUAAUGAAGUCAACGAAACACGACAUGUCCAAUCGACGUUAUAAAUAAAAUCGCAGACGAAGUUUCGAACGCGUCUCGCAGCAGCGAUUUAGAACGAUGGUGGUCCGUUUUCGAAUACCGCCGCGCGAAUUUAUAUUUUCUGAACGAAUUGUUAAGUGUGAGUCAGCUAUAAAGCGGGGAGCGUGGGCUCUCUCUCUGAUAUCUUCGCAUUUCCCACUACGCGAUCGGUAGAGCCGAUCGCGCCACCGAGCUUGGUUGCACGCGGUAUCACUCGGCUCUCUUCGAAACGGCGAGAGUAGUGAGCUGUUUCGGCUCAAGCGGAGUACAACUUCGCUGAACGUCAUAUCCUCUUCUUCUUCUUCUUCUUUUUUUUUCUUCUGUUCGUACUCGGACCCACGGAGCGAGCUCGAGUAGAAUUCGCUCGGGAAACGAUCGUCCCGGGUUCUAAUAGAAAUCGUGCGAUCCCGCGAGUGAUAACGUGUAGCCGAGAUGAGCGUGUCGGGGAAACAAUUGCAGAACGGUACAUACGAGUUCGAUUACAACCGAGUGCCGGAGCAUAAGACGCGCUGGAAAGAGUUUCAAGAUUUCAUUCACGACCCGGUCGAGGGCACUUACUGCGGUCACACGGGAAAGAAGUGGGCUAUUACCGGCGCAUUCUACACUGUUUUCUUCAGCGUGUUAGCCUUGCUCUUCGCUAUUUGCAUGAAGGGAUUAUUAGCUACCCUGAGUGAUCAGAGACCGAGGUGGAUUCUAGAAGAGAGUCUAAUAGGAACAAAUCCAGGUUUGGGGUUCCGACCGCUCUCCGAUAACACUGAGGAAAGGUCGUUGAUUUGGUAUAGCUCUUCGGACCCGAGCUCAGUGCAAAAGUGGACAAGCUUGUUGGAUAAAUUUCUACUCGAAUACACCAAUUCAUCAUUGCUACCACAGGGGGGUAGGAAUCAGCAGAUCUGUAAUUACGAUACUCCACCUAAGCCUGGACACGUUUGCGCAGUCGAGGUGAACAAUUGGGGUCCCUGCUCGCCCGAUCAACAAUACGGUUUCAAUAACUCAGCUCCUUGCAUUUUUAUCAAAUUAAACAGGAUAUACGGCUGGGUACCAGAGUAUUACAAUGACACCAAUAAUUUAUCGAGUCAGAUGCCGCAGAGCCUCGUUGAUUACAUUAAAACCGUCAACAGUUCAUGGUUGAAUACCGUUUGGGUGUCUUGCGAAGGUGCGAAUCCUCACGACAAGGAGAGCAUCGGCGAGCUGAACUAUUACCCUGAGAGCCACGGGUUCCCUGGAUUUUAUUAUCCGUAUCAAAAUGUACCCGGAUAUUUGAGCCCCAUUGUAGCUGUGCAUUUUCUGCGACCAGCAAGGAACAGGAUAAUCAACGUCGAAUGCCGGGCUUGGGCUAAGAAUAUAAAUCACGCCACGACGCUAUUCGACAGCAAGAACUUGGUACAUUUUGAACUCAUGAUCGACGAAUGAUCGUUGAUUGAUUUGUAAGAAAACGAAAUAAAACUUGUGUCUUCGAAUGCACGAUUGCGCGGACAUCUGCAACCAUAACUGCAUUACGUGUAUUCAACCGUGUAUCAAUCUCACUUCCUAAAUUCUUAUUUUCUCAUUCAAGAAAAGAAUACAAGUAGAUUAACAUAGAAGAUUUACAAUAUUUAGUCUUCUCGGAAAUUUUCCUAUUACGAAUAGAAGCAGCAUUGCUUUCAAGAUACACAAUUUAAAUAUCAUAAGAUAUAAGAAUCUCGGAGUUGCAACAUUAUUAUUGUCAAUUAAUCAAGGAAUUAUACUUGUGGGUAGAUAUAGGUACUUAUUAAACGUAUAUGUACUUAUCUAAUUUAUUUCGUCAUCCGUACAAGAUUAUCUAAGGUGACGAUAUUAAUAAUGUAUCUUGUUGUGUGAAUAAAAAUGUUAAGAUCAAUUAUUUUCA